AUGUCAGUGCUUCCACCACGACCGGGAUCGCUUCGUCAAUUUUUCUUGACAGCAUUGAGUAAGGGGAUGGGUAAACUAUCUAGGCAUGAUGAGACCCACAAAAAGUUGAUGAUCAAGUCCCACUACGAGAGAACGAAUGCGCGACGUAGAUUCAUCCCAGAGGACUAUAAUGGUCACAGCAUAAUUGACCCGCGCGAUAUCGGAAAUAGGUAA